ACGAGGUGAUACACAGGAACUAUAAAGCACAUUUACAUUUCGCAUAGAAGUGAAAUGGAGUAGCCGGAGGUGUACUGCUUCCAACCUUUCCACUUGAACGCCAUGUAAACCUACACUAACUUGAAUCUGUGCAUACCUCAAAGUGCUUAGAAUGAGGCAAAGAAUAUCAACUCGCUCAACUUUCAAUCGUUCCUGCAAAUUAAUUCGCGGCCGGUCCUUGGGCCGUCUCGUUUGUGGACAGGCUUGCAUCACGUGUUCGCGUACUCAAACGUAGAAGAAGAAGGAGCGUUCGAAAAACAUGUUCGCCACGCGCCCCUGCAGCCAUUCCAGCCAGAGACGCGGGGGCACCGUAGCCGGCGCCCCGCCGCUGCCGUUGUCGCCGGCCACACCGGCCACGUCAAAAUUCCGCUCGGCGAGAACAAAAUUGGCCGAUCAUGCUGUCCACGCUGCAGCAGGUGUGCGUGGUAGCAUUCGCGCUGUACCUGCUGUACUACUUUAUGUGCGUGGUGCGCAAGCCGUGGGUCAUCUGCGGCUCGGCAAACAUGCGCGCCUUCCUGCAUGCCAACUGCGGCCCGUUGAUCGAGAAGCGCUUCUGGCCGCCCAUCUGGUGCAUCGGGGCAAACUUCCAGAGCCUCGUCAGCCUCGUCAUCCAGCGCUUCAUGCCGCUGCUGCCUCUGCGGCGGCAGGUGCUGACGCUCUCGGACGGCGGAACGGUGGCGCUCGACUGGAUCAACGAGCAUUACCCGCCGCCGGUGGUGCUCUUCCUGACGGGCCUGUCCAGCGACAGUCAGGUGUACUACCUGCGCACGCUGGUGCCCAUGGUGGCGCAGUUGCGUUGCCCCUGCGUGGUGCUCAACAACCGCGGCCAGGGCGGGCUGCCCCUCAACAACUACAGGCUCGUCUCGGCGCUAAGCACCGGCGACCUGGCCGAGGUAGUGGCGGCAGUGCGCCGUCGCUUCCAGGGCAGCGUGGUGCUGGCCAUCGGAUACUCGAUGGGUGGCAUGCUGCUCAGCCACUACCUGCUGCAGGCCGGCGACGCGGCGCAGAUCGACGCUGGUCUGUCCAUAUCGGCGCCUUUCCAUCUGCGCACCAGCUACGAAAACCUCAUGAGCUGGUCCUCGACCUUCUUGGUCAAUGUGUACCUCACAUUCUGUCUCAUGGGCCUCGUCAAGAGGAACGCCGACGUCAUGGGCGCCACCGACGUGAUCGACGUGAACCGGCUGCUGCAGUCUCGCACGCUCUACGACUUCGACAACCGUUACACGGCGCCGGUGUUCGGAUUUCAGAACGCCAUGCAGUUCUACACGUUCGCCAGCCUCAAUGGCAAGCUGUCGAAGGUGCGGCGCCCGUUGCUCUACCUGAUGGCGGCCGACGACGUCUUCGGCUCGCUGAAGACUCUGCCGGCGGCCGAAAUCGAGCAGUCUCCCUGGCUCUCCGCGAUCAUCACUCCACGCGGCGGCCACUUGGGCUUCGUCGACGGCUGGCUCUGGCCCCGGCUGCCUUUCUACUCGGAGCGCGUCGCGGUCGCGUACGUGCGCGGCCUGCUGGAACUUGCCAGGGGACCACUGGGACCGAAGGCGCUGCACUCGCUCGUGGACAGCAGCGUUCACUCGCUGUUCCAGCCAGCUGGAGAGAAGAUGACAGCGACCUGCAUGGUGCCGCGACUGGAGGACCAAGAGGUCGCUGCCGCAGAGACGCCGUCAGGCGAGAACAGGCGCAACCAAGAAAUUCUACGAACAAUUAUGAGCGUGUAACGCGAUCCACGACGAUGCAUCGAGCACUGCGGCGACGACGGCGGCUCCUGCAGUGCGACCCGGACCUAGCACGUACCAGCCUGCGCCGCAACAAUUGACGCAUGUUGUGUGCGGAAACGACAUACAGGUCCGAGGCUUCGCACGGUUGAUUAGAAUGUCGCGCUCGUGGAGAAUUAAAUCGAUCGAAAUUCGGUAUUGGCGCAGCGCUAUACGGUGUAUUGGAGUCCCGCGGUCACGCCGUAUAACCGCAGAGCUAUAUAAUGCCAGUGCCGUGGUAACAGAGAUGCAACGCACUCCGAUGUGUGCUAAUUGAUGCAGCAACUUGGAUUAUCUAAACGACGCAUGGUUGUUCCGCGAUAUCGUGUCAUCCGUUUAUAGCUUCAAAUUUUAUUUAUUGCGGAUGUUUCGGCGAAAGCUGUCAAAAAUUACUUGUGGCGGUGCAUGGCGGCGGUUUUCUCGGUACUUGAUGCAUGGCAGCGAACAUUGGCAGCGAUAUUGCUAUCGCAAUAAAAAGACAAUACAGCGCUAGGAGAGAGCACAGCACGCGUACAGAGCACGGCCGAGUGGUACAGAGACGGUGGACAGCUGGCUCCACCUGCCGUGGAAUGAGCAAAUGUGGUUGGGAAUCUGAAAAGAGGGACGCGGUUGGCGUUGCAUUCCGGUGGGUCGUAAUGAAUCAAGAAAGUUGAAGCGAGAUUCCAGAACUUUUGGAGACUUCCUUCUUGUUUCGCCGCCCAGGCGCGUACGCCGAUAUCUGGGCGCACCAAAGUGCAGUGCGAGAGUCUUCCGAAGCGUGGCGCGUCAGGCGCGUACGUAGAGUACGUAGUAGGGUGCCUUCAUGUUCUCCCUCUCGCGGUGAGGAGGAGGGCAUUCAGACAAGACUAAGUAUACAGAUCAGUAUCAGGUACCCUAGUACUGAGUGCUCCGUGUGGGUCUGGCUUCAGGCCACUGCCGCUAAGUACCCACGAGGUUCUGCUGCUGAACCUGAUAAAGUUGCUGUACAGGCUCCCUAUAAUGGGGCUGUACAAUAACUCUAAAACCUGGUAGUGUUCCUGUAGAACCUGAUUGAUCUUGAUAGGGUGUCUUAAACCAAGGCGCCGGCAUCAAUGCACCCUAGAGCCUGAGGUCCUAGGUUCGAUUUCCUGCCACAGCGAAAGUGUUCCAAUGAGGGUGGAAUAAAGAAAAAACAAAAAAAAACACACUCGUUUGCUUAGAUUUAGGUGCACGUUAAAAACGCACGGCUAUCAGUCUGAAGCCAUCCACUACGGUAUUCUUCGUAGCACUCAAUCGACCAGCCUGCAUGCACACUGGGAGCAUGCAUAUAAAUAACAGAAAACGUCGUACGCCUUUACAACGAACACUCUAAAAUGGAAUGAACGGUAUAACGAAGGAUUUCCUAUAUUUAUACCUUUCAUGUGUAUUAUGAAGGCCUCUACAGCGAUGAUCACAACUAAUUUGUACAAGGAAGUAAUAUAGGCGUCCCCGGCCGAGGGUUGAUUU